GAGAGAGAGAAGCUUAGUCGAAGCGCCACCAUAAUAGACUAUAAAAAGAGACUGUUGAAUGAAGCGCGAAAAUGGCAGUUAGGAUAAUAUUGGCGGAGAAAGAGGGUCAGAUGAGUCAAUAAUUUGGAAACCCUAGUCCUAUGUAGCUUCUAGAAACUCCAUUUGCUAAAAUUAAAAAUACUCACUCAGCUUCUUCCAAAAAAUAUUAGUACUACUUUCUGCUCUCCUCAGAGGUGGGAACGAAACCUCUCGCUCUCUCUCAGAUCACCGUGUUGAUUUACAAACAUGGGGGAUGGUCCAGCUCCUCCUACUGCAUUUCAGAAAAUACAUGGGCAUUCACACCUGUUCUCUCUAAUAUCUCCCCACACGCAUUCUAAGUAUGCUGGUUCAUACAACAUGACUGGUGGAUAUGUCAAUGAAGUACUAGGGGGUGCUUGCAUGACGAAUUGCCAAGCCGCUAAUCUGAAAGUUCGUCAAUUAGGCAUUCCUAUUCUCAUACAGGCCCCAUCUGAAGAGAAGAAAGCUAACAGUUUCGUCGUGGAUUUUCUCAUGGGAGGGGUUUCUGCUGCAGUGUCUAAGACAGCUGCAGCUCCAAUAGAGAGAGUCAAGCUUUUGAUUCAGAAUCAGGAUGAGAUGAUAAAGGCUGGUAGACUUUCUGAACCUUAUAAAGGGAUUUCAGACUGCUUUGGCAGAACUAUCAAGGAUGAAGGCGUCCUUGCUCUUUGGAGAGGCAAUACUGCAAAUGUCAUCAGAUAUUUCCCCACUCAGGCCUUGAAUUUCGCUUUUAAAGAUUACUUUAAAAGACUGUUUAAUUUCAAGAAAGACAGGGAUGGCUACUGGAAGUGGUUUGCAGGAAACUUGGCAUCUGGUGGUGCAGCUGGUGCCUCAUCUCUUUUUUUUGUGUAUUCUUUGGAUUAUGCAAGAACACGCCUUGCUAAUGAUAAUAAGGCUUCAAAAAAGGGUGGUGAGAGGCAGUUUAAUGGUUUGGUUGACGUUUAUAGGAAAACUCUCAAAUCAGAUGGUAUUGGUGGGCUUUACCGUGGAUUCACCAUCUCAUGUGUGGGAAUCAUUGUUUACCGUGGUCUGUAUUUUGGAAUGUACGAUUCACUUAAACCAGUACUUCUAGUUGGUGACAUGCAGGAUAGUUUUUUUGCGAGUUUCUUGUUGGGAUGGGGUAUCACUAUUGGUGCUGGUUUGGCUUCUUACCCAAUUGAUACAGUGCGUAGAAGAAUGAUGAUGACUUCUGGAGAAGCAGUCAAGUACAAGGGUUCAAUGGAUGCAUUUUCUCAGAUUGUUAAGAAUGAAGGCACUAAAUCCCUCUUCAAAGGUGCUGGAGCAAACAUUCUACGUGCUGUUGCUGGUGCAGGUGUUCUAGCCGGGUACGAUAAGCUGCAGCUCAUUAUGUUUGGAAAGAAAUAUGGGUCAGGUGGCGGUGGCUAAUCUAAUAUGAUGAUGACGAAAACUGUCCUUUGGUUGUGUAGAUUUCCUUGGUUGUCCAGUGCUUUUGAAUAAUUUUCCCAAACUAUGUCACACUGGUUGGCGUUCUCUUGCAAGUUUAUUCUGGAACAGUAUUUUCUUGAAGUUUUUCUUGUUUCUAUGGAGCUCUGAAACUGCUUCUAGUUAUAGUUGUCUUUUAUGCAGAAAUUGUUAUAAAGUUU